AGGAGCCAAGGCUUUAACGUGAGACUCACCAAAGAGUUCUCUGCUCUUCUGUAAUAGCUCAAAGAUCUGUUGUUGCUCUGCUCUGCUCUCUUGAGUUUUCUCCUCUCAUUUCAAGGUCGAGAGAAUGGAAACCUUUUUGUUCACUUCUGAAUCUGUGAACGAGGGUCACCCCGACAAGCUCUGUGAUCAAGUUUCGGAUGCAAUCCUAGAUGCCUGCCUUGAGCAAGAUCCAGACAGCAAGGUUGCAUGUGAGACUUGCACCAAGACGAACAUGGUCAUGGUCUUUGGAGAAAUCACCACAAAAGCCAACGUGGAUUAUGAGAAGAUUGUGCGCAGCACUUGCCGUUCAAUAGGAUUUGUCUCUGAUGAUGUUGGUCUUGAUGCGGACAAAUGCAAUGUCUUGGUUAACAUCGAGCAGCAGAGCCCUGAUAUUGCACAGGGCGUCCAUGGUCAUCUUACAAAGCGUCCUGAGGAGAUUGGUGCUGGUGACCAAGGUCACAUGUUUGGCUAUGCCACCGAUGAGACCCCUGAGCUUAUGCCUCUUAGUCAUGUUCUUGCCACCAAGCUCGGUGCCCGCCUUACUGAAGUUCGCAAGAAUGGAAUCUGCCCUUGGUUGAGACCUGAUGGCAAAACACAAGUCACGGUUGAGUACUUCAAUGAAAAUGGUGCUAUGGUUCCAGUACGGGUGCACACUGUUCUAAUCUCUACGCAACAUGAUGAAACUGUUACUAAUGAUGAGAUUGCUGCUGACCUCAAGGAGCACGUUAUUAAGCCUGUCAUCCCUGAGAAGUAUCUUGACGAGAAGACCAUUUUCCACCUCAACCCAUCAGGGCGGUUUGUCAUUGGUGGACCACACGGUGAUGCUGGACUUACUGGUCGUAAAAUUAUUAUCGAUACUUACGGUGGUUGGGGAGCACAUGGUGGUGGUGCCUUCUCCGGCAAGGACCCUACUAAGGUAGACAGGAGUGGUGCCUACAUUGUUAGACAGGCAGCAAAGAGCAUUGUUGCAAGUGGCCUUGCUCGCCGAUGCAUUGUUCAGGUCUCUUAUGCUAUCGGUGUGCCAGAACCUCUGUCAGUUUUUGUUGACACAUAUGGGACUGGAAAGAUCCCAGACAAGGAGAUUCUCAACAUUGUGAAGGAAAAAUUUGACUUCAGGCCUGGAAUGAUAGCCAUUAGCUUGGAUCUUAAGAGGGGUGGCAAUGGCAGGUUCUUGAAGACAGCCGCUUAUGGUCACUUCGGAAGGGAUGACCCUGACUUUACAUGGGAGGUAGUGAAGCCCCUCAAAUCUGAGAAGCCCCAACAGUAAAAGUGGCAUGGCCUGCGAUCAAUAAUUUGCUUGCUCUUGGCAGCAUCACUGAAACCCAAGAGUCUUCCAACUGUUUUCUCGCCUUUUGUUUUGUUUCGCUGCUUAUUUUAUUUAUUAUUUCAUCCGUAUGCUUUUGCCAUACAGUAUAAGAAUACAUGUGGUAGUUAAACAAGAAGAGCUGCCUUGAUACUUCAUGAGAUUGUUUAAGAAGUGAAGAGAAGAGAGAUGUAAUACUGUAUAAGGAUGAACUACAGAUAAAUGAAUUUCACUGUGGAAUAAGAUGAUUGCUCUACUUCCACUCUUUACCA